GCUCGCGCCGCGCGUUGAUACGUUGGAAGCAAACCAGUUUGGUAUUCCAACUACUUUUUCAGUUAUGAUUAAACCAGUUGGAUCGUUGAGCAUAGAACGACUAGUGUGAUCAUUUCAUUUACCGACGAGCCACAAAAAUUACGCGACUUUGCUCGCUCUUACCUGAUUUAGUCAAGAAAAUUAAAAAGAUAUAAAACGUCAAUGCCAAUAUCUGUUGCUUCGUGUAAAUUUGUUUAGCUAGGUACACCUAUCAAUGUGUUGAAUGUCUUGCUCAUUGAUUUUGGUCUUGCUUGGUUGGUUUUUGAAUUCGCCGUCCGUUAUAUUAUUUAAAAACUGGUCUUGCAGUUGAAGUGGUUGUUUGUUAGGACUCCGGUUUGGAUAGACAUGAAUUUUCAUUGACACAACACUUGCUUUUUGUAACAUUUUUUGUUUGAUUUGUGAUUUGGUGAUUUGUGGAUGAAUUCAAAAUCAUGGAUGGAUCUUUCCAUAAGUGCAGACUAUGUUUGAAAUUAGGAGAAUUCUGUUCCAUAUAUGAACAGGAUGAGUCUAUUAAAUUAUCUGAAAUGGUAAUGUCCUUCGCGAAUGUUCAAAUUUAUGAAGGGGAUGGACUGCCAGACAGGGUGUGCUCUACAUGUAUUGAAAACCUAAGUACUGCUUACCUAUUUAAACAACAAUGUGAGAGGAUUAGCAAUGUAUUAAGAAAAUCUCCUGAAUCUCAUUUAGUACAACCCAGUAAAACGGAUUAUAAUGAUUUAUUCAAUCAAGAAUUCCGUAUGCACUCCAUAUAUGGUUCCAUUGAAGGUGAUAAUGAUCAAAAUAGUGUGAAAGAUGCAAAUAUCGAAAACCAUGUUGAGAAUAUCCAUGAAGUAAGUGAUGAUACUGAUAGUGACAUUGACUCAGUUAAAUGUGUGUAUUGCAAUGAGCACCAUAAUAACUUAGCACAUAUUUGCCAUGUUAAAUGCACCAUUGAAAACAAUGCACUACAGAGGUCAAGUAGUAGUGAAACAUUAGUAGCAUCAGAAAUUGAUCCUAUAAAGCCUGUUAUGCCAGCUGAUAAAGCUGCCUCUGUUUUUGUAGCCUGUGUUCUGUGUGAUGAAAAGUAUGAUCAGUAUGAUGAUUAUGUUCUGCACAUUAACAAAUGCACUACUAAUGUGAAAAUGCGACAUUUCGUAUGCCCUAUAUGCCAUGAAAUAUUUUCUGAUAAAUUGGUCUACUUGGACCAUUUGAAAGUAUACCAUUUUAAGCAAGGCAAGCCACCAGUGCCACUGGACCCUGGGGUCGACUGUGUGGAUAGUUUCACUGCAAUCUAUUCACAAGCAAAAAAACCCAAAGUGCGUCGGCAGAUAGGUUGGUCUAUAGAAGAUAUAUACCAAGAGAUAGAUUGUGUCAAACCAGAGAACAAACAGACACCCACAUCCAGUCCAAUAAAAAAUUUCUUUUCCAAAUUGGGGAAUGAGUCAUUCAGUAGGCAGAGUACUCCAAAGAAAGUGAGUUUUCGAAAUUUUAUUGAAAGCAGUAAAGCUAAGACAUCCAAUUAUUUGCCAUUCCGGAAAUAUAUUGAGAGUUACCGGCAGAAGAAAAGAACUAACACUUACAGCCCCAUCAAAGAUGGGAAGUUGCAAGUUUCUAGUAAAAUAAGAUUAUCUUUGCCGGAACCAGUGACUGAUAGUGAUUAUGGAUCUCCCAGCGGCACAUCUGAAGAGUCUUGGCGGAUGAAACAGCAUUUGAUAUGCGCCUGUGAGAAGAAGAUCUUCAUGCUUUCGGAGUUUAUUCAUGAUAAGGACCGUAUCGGCGCAAUGAUCAACGAAUUGGGCGGAGUAGUAGCAGAGAACACGAAAAUGGAAAUGUUGGCAACACAUUUUAUAUCGGUGUUGCCUAAUGACACAUUUACGGGUAUGAUUGUUUGUGCACUUGCGACUGGGAAGUGGUUGCUCCAUGUCAGCUACAUUUAUGACAGUUUCCGUUGCAAAAAGUUCAUGAAGGAAAACAUCUAUGAAUGGAUGAAGCAUCCCAAAAUAUUGGAGAUAGAUAGUACAAGUGUGGAGGUAGCAAAGGCUGCUGUCUUCUGGCACUUGGAGUUGCAGGCGCUCAACGCAAAGCAUCCAUUUGAAGGAAAGCAAGUAGUGCUCAUCAUGAAAAAAAAGUACCGCCAAUACUAUCACAUGAUCUUUAAAGCAUUGAAAGCCAAGCCGGUUACAUAUGAUCCACGAACGCCCGGGAGUUGCUGUUCGGCAGACUAUUGCUUCGUCGACAUGAAGGUUAUCGAGAGAGUGAAACUGCGCUUCUUUGCUCGCCACAAUGUCCCUGUGUUCCCCUACCAGUAUAUCCUAGUCUACCUGCUGAAAAAGGGCCGCGUAGACGACGAGCACAAAUAUUUAUUGCAGGAAUGCAAGAAAUUUCCGUCAGGGGCCACCAUUGAUUUUUUAAACAAUACUUAUUAGUUUACAACACUAUAAUCAAAUUAUUCAUAUAUUGGUUUUAUUAUUUUUGGAGAGUUUAAGAAUGAAAUUAUUUUUUUUAAUAAACUGCCAUAUUAGAUUUAUGUAAUAGAAAUAGAUUAUUUUAAUUUUAAAUAAAAUAAAAUAAUAUAAAUU